UCAAUGCAAUUAGAAUGCUAACUUUAAUAACUAAAUCUUAUACACUUAAAUGUGCAUAUACCACAGCUAUAUCAUGUACAAAAGUAUUGAAAAGAAAUUAUAUGGAAAGUCAUCCUUAUAAACAUAUUCAUCCAUGGAAAUCAUUUAAACAAUUUUCGGAUGAUCUUUUAAACAAUAUAGUUUAUAAUAAAGAUGGAUUAGUAAUAUUGAAUAAACCAUACGGAAUAAGACGUAGAUCUCUUGACACAAGCACAAUACAUGUACAAAAUUAUGUACCCAAUGGUGUAGAUUAUACAUUAAAUGAUGCUUUACCUUAUAUAGCUAAACAAUUGAAUUAUUUAAAUUUAACUAUAGUUAGAUGUCCUGAAAUGUAUAUGAGUGGUAUUACAUUAUUAGCAGCAGAUGAGCGUGUUUAUCAUGCUAUAGAACUUGCAUAUGCUCGUUCUCACUUUCAAGUAAAUACUUAUUGGAUAAUUACAGUUGGUACACCAAGACAAUUGCAAGGUCAGGCCCGUUUGGGAAUGCAAACAAUUUCAAAUCCUCAAUUUAAACACAAAAAGAAAAUUCUUCUGUCAUCAUGGUCUCAUAAUGAAGAAAAGUAUCGCAAGAUAAAACUGUUAAAAACAGAAUACAAGGUGUUAUCCAACUCUACACUUAAUUUGUGUUCUUUAAUUGAAUUAAAAUCAUCUACUCAUUCUAAAAGUGCUAUUAGACUGUUUGCUACUACAUAUCUGUAUUCUCCAGUUCUAGGAGAUAAUAUUUAUGCAUCUCGGAUUCAAAAAAUAGGGAAUACUUAUGUAAGAGCUGAUCCAUUUCUUAGUUGUCCUGGACUACCAAAAUUGGAUAUGAGACUUCUGCGAUUGUUAAAUGUAAGGGAAGAUCAACAAGAAAUUAUUCCUGCUCACAUUCAUUUAAAGUCAAUAAUUCUACCACAAUUUUUUGGAGAAACUUUAACAAUUGAAGCUCCUUUAAUGCCACAUUUUGAUUGGACAUGUAAACAGCUUGAUUUUAAAUAUUUAAUGCCAAUAAUAUCUUAUAAAUCACAAUCAGCAUUAUAAAUACAAUGAUUUAAAUAUGAA